GCGGUGCCUUCGUCCUCUGGGGUGCCCGCUGCGGUGAGCAGCUCCCUUGUGGGGUCGAGACGGUAAGGGAGGCGCGCCUGUCGCUCUGGCGGGGCGGGUGCCGCCUCACCGCGGCCGUCCUCGCCGCGUGCCGCGGGGACUGGCUUGGCCAGGCGCGCGCCGCGUGUCCCUCCUUCGCCGGGUUGCACGCGGGCGUUGGAGCGACCGCGGCGGCCCGGCGACGCGAAGGGGGCCGUCCGGCUUUCCGGACAACCUCUGACCCCGCCCCCCGACCCCGGGGCGGACGGAGGAGCCUGAGGCUGCGCAGGCUUUGCCCGGCCCUGAGCGUGAGCGCGCACGUGGGCCCCACGCUUACCCAUGACGUCCCCUGCGCACGCCCGGCCGGAACUGCUGUGGACGGUCUUAUCGUCUUUUAAAAAAUGCACCGGGAAAAAAAUGGUCUCUUCUCUUCACAUGCUUUGAAUGGAUUUAAUCCUCCUCAUUUGUCUCCUGACUUUGAACUGCAAAACAAAGGACAUGGAAGACCAAGGCCUCUCACUGUUGUGGCCUCUCCCGUCGCGGAGCACAGGCUCCGGACGCGCAGGCUCAGCGGCCAUGGCUCACGGGCCCAGCCACUCCGCGGCAUGUGGGAUCUUCCCGGACCGGGGCACGAAGCCGUGUCCCCUGCAUCGGCAGGCUGACCCCCAACCACUGCGCCACCACGGAAGCCUAAACCCAUCUUUUGAAGUGUGAACAGUUUCUGCAAGAUGCAGUGGAGGAGACAAAAGAAGAUCUGUAAAUCUCAGCUGAUUUUUUUUUUCAUUUAUCAAAAUGAAAUGAAUACGCAAGAAGUAAAUGCCUACUGCUAGCCUGACCCUAAACAAGGAACUUGCACCUUCAAAGUAUAUAAUUCCAGCUACAAGCUUCAAGUACUCAAUGGCAGGGACAGAGUCACAGAGGAUACAUAGAGAAAGCCUGAACAGAAAAUGGAUUUUCGGAAGAAACAUCACGUAGCCUGGACCGUAGACAUUCAAGAAGUCUCACUUUCCAGGGAGUCUUCCGUGUUCAUGUAGAAAUGUUGCUCUCGGCACAGACCUUUGUGGGACAGGUGUUGGUGAUCCUUGUCUUUGUCCUAAGCAUUGGGUCUCUUAUAAUCUAUUUCAUCAACUCCACUGACCCUUUUGGAAGCUGCUCUUCAUACCAAGACAAAACCAUCCCGAUUGAUUUGACUUUCAAUGCUUUCUUUAGUUUCUAUUUUGGAUUGAGAUUUUUGGCAGCUGACGACAAGGUCAAGUUCUGGUUGGAGAUGAAUUCGAUUGUAGACAUCUUUACCAUUCCACCAACCUUUAUUUCUUACUAUUUGAAGAGUAACUGGCUAGGUUUAAGGUUCUUAAGAGCAUUGCGGCUGCUGGAACUCCCUCAAAUCUUGCAAAUUCUGAGAGCCAUCAGGACCAGCAAUUCAGUGAAGUUUUCCAAGCUGUUGUCCAUCGUUCUGAGCACCUUGUUCACUGCUGCAGGAUUCAUCCACCUGGUGGAAAAUUCUGGUGAUCCCUGGCUCAAAGGUAGAAAUUCACAGAAUAUUUCAUAUUUUGAGUCCAUUUACCUGGUCAUGGCAACGACGUCGACUGUCGGCUUUGGAGAUGUGGUAGCCAAGACAUCCCUAGGACGGACCUUCAUCAUGUUCUUCACCCUGGGGAGUUUGGUUCUGUUUGCGAACUGCAUCCCUGAAAUGGUGGAACUUUUUGGUAACAAGAGGAAAUACACCAGUUCCUAUGAAGUGGUCAAAGGAAAGAAGUUCAUUGUGGUCUGUGGAAACAUCACUGUGGACAGUGUGACGGCUUUCCUGAGGAACUUCCUCCGCCAUAAGGCAGGGGAGAUCAAUACUGAGAUUGUUUUCCUGGGAGAGGUUCCUCCUUCUUUGGAAUUGGAAACCAUAUUUAAGUGCUACAUGGCCUAUACAACUUUCGUUUCUGGAUCUGCACUGAAGUGGGAGGAUCUGAGGCGAGUUGCGGUGGACUCUGCAGAAGCAUGCCUGAUUAUAGCCAACCCUCUGUGCAGUGAUUCACAUGCUGAAGACACUUCAAACAUUAUGAGGGUGCUCUCUAUCAAGAACUAUUACCCUAAUACCAGAGUCAUCAUACAGAUACUUCAGUCCCAUAACAAGGUUUUUCUGCCAAAGAUCCCCAGCUGGAACUGGAAUACUGGAGACAACAUCAUCUGCUUUGCUGAAUUAAAGCUCGGAUUUAUCGCCCAAGGCUGUUUGGUGCCAGGCUUGUGUACCUUUCUAACAUCUCUAUUUAUUGAGCAAAACAAGAAGAUCUGCCCUAAAGAGCCCUGGCAGAAACAUUUCUUCAGCGGCCUGAAGAACAAAAUCCUGACUCAACGCCUCUCUGAUGACUUUGCUGGAAUGAGCUUUCCUGAUGUUUGCCGGCUCUGCUUCGUGAAGAUGCACCUCAUGCUGAUAGCCAUCGAACACAAGUCCGUGUGUCACGGUUACUGUGGGCUGAUACUAAAUCCACCUGCUCAAGUUAAGCUCCGUAAGAACACACUAGGGUUCUUUAUUGCUGAAUCUGCAAAGGAUGUCAAAAGAGCCUUCUUUUACUGUGCCGUCUGUCACAGUGAUGUGUAUACGCCCGAGCUAAUUGGAAAAUGUAGCUGCAAAAGCAAGAAUCCUCGACACAAGACAGGGACAACAGUCACGGUGAUGAGAAACAGCGGAAGGGAACACUCUGGUCCAAAAACACAGGACUCUAGCCCAGUGACACCUAUGAGCAUGGCUAGCAACUUGAGCUUGACCACCAGAUAUCAUUUCCUCGGGACUUCUCCAGCUGCUAAUACUAUGGAACGUGCAUUUUGGAAAAGGACUUUUCUAUACGAAAUGGAGCGAGAGUCUGACCACCUCGAUAGCAGUGGCAUGUUUCACUGGUGCAAAGCCACCCCUUUGGACAAAAUGAUUCUGAAUCGAACUGAGAAGUCAAAACAUGAGUUUCGGAACCACAUUGUAGCGUGUGUCUUUGGAGAUGCCCACUCAACACUGAUGGGGCUUCGGAAUUUUGUAAUGCCAUUGAGAGCUAGCAGCUAUACCCGUCAGGAGCUGAAGGACAUUGUGUUCGUUGGGUCUCUGGAUUACCUGCAGAGAGAAUGGCGAUUUCUCCGGAAUUUUCCCCAGAUAUACAUUCUGCCUGGAUCUGCGCUCUAUCCUGGAGACCUCCAUGCAGUCAACAUAGAGGAGUGUUCCAUGUGUGCUGUCUUAUCCUCCCCAUCUAAGUCAUGCAGCAGCCCGACCUUGGUGGACACGGAGCCUAUCAUGGCCACACUCAACAUCAGAUCACUUCGGAUUAGCUGCUCAGCCCAGACACCCUCAGAGCCACGGUGUACUCGGUGCUUCAGUGACAAUCCCAGGAAGUCAAAGUACCGAAGGAUCCCCAUCCUCACUGAACUGAAAAAUCCUUCCAACAUGCACUUUAUUGAACAACUCGGCGGGAUGGAAGGAGACCUCUCGGGAAUGAGCCUGCACCUCAGCACGUCCUUUGCCACCGGCACUGUCUUUUCCGGCAGCUUCUUGGAUUCCCUCCUGGCCACGGCGUUCUACAAUUACCAUGUUCUGGAAUUACUUCAGAUGCUGGUGACAGGAGGGAUAAGUUCUCAGCUGGAACAACAUUUGGAUAAGGAAAAGUUCUGUGGGCCGAAUGACAGUUACUCUACCGUUUCACCUGGAAGAAUGCGGUGUAAGCUGGGGCUUCUGUCCUUAAACCAAACCAUUUUGUCAGACAUUCAACCAAGAAGGACCUUUGGGCAGAUAUUCUGCGGCUCGUUAGAUAACCUUGGAGUCCUGUGCCUCGGCUUGUACCGCAUGAUAGAUGAGGAAGAGCGCAACCCAGAGCACAAAAGGGGAGUGUAUGCUGGUGUAGAAGGCGCCGGCCACGCCCAAGCACGAGGGCCAAAGCGACGUCAUUCUGUGUGAAAGAGACGGCCAGAGCUUAGGGCCCCCAGAUGCAACAGAGGGUGCUGGGGAAGUAGGUAACAGUGUAGGAUCAGUAUAAAUAAUAUGAAUGCACCCUGGUGAUUGGGUCCAGGUAGUACUGGCCACGUAAGGAGAAGGGUUUCUCUGUCCCCCGUGAAAUCUGAAAUGCAGACCCAGAUUUUCAGUCAGGGUUCUUUUGUAACUUACCCCUCAUCGACGCCUGUGCGACUUUUUAAAGCCGAAAAGCCACUGUCCACACUGGAAAGAGUUACUUGUUCGCUGCCGGACUCGCUGGGUAAAUAUUUACUGAGUGCCUUUUUUCUAGCCACUGUGCCUUGUCCAUGUAAGAUACGGGAGUGAUGUGUAGAGAUUUCAGUUUAAAGAAGAUCAUUCUGACAGUAGUGGGGAAGAGAAAGAAAAUGUGUGUGGAGGGGAGAGGAGAAAAGAAAGGGUACUGGGUACCAGCUCCAGACAGCACAGUAAUGUAGGACCAGACUAAGAGUCUCGUGGUGGGAACGGGCAGUACUCAGUAGAGAAGGAGAAAUUAAAAAUAAUAGAGUGGAAAUGGAUCGAUGAACCUGUUUCAGGAGGAAGAGGAAGGAAGUCAAAUCACUGAAAGCGGAGUAGUCAUGAACACGAAGAAAGACAGCUUCUCCGCUCGCAGGAGAAAGGGAGGAAAAGAAAGGAGGCCAAGGCAGAUCUGGCUGUGGAUGAGGGCUGUGCUUAGGGAAUGUUUACGUAACACUAGGAUUUCUCGGUGACGAGCAGGCAUAGCCCUGGCUGAGAGAAAAGAGAGGGAAAGUCUCUAGGGAGUUGAGAAAGACGUAAAAGUUACAUCAGUCACUGAGGGGACUGGAAAAAGGAGUUUACUGUGCAUCUGUAGAAGCAACAGUGCAAAGGGAAAGGACAGGGGAUGGAAAUAGCCUGAGGAGCGGAUGUACCCAAGAGUAAGGAAAUGAGAGAGAAAGAACGAGGGGAAGUUGUGGUCAGAGAGUGAUUUAUUGAAGGGUGAGGUUUUAGAGGCAGGAUGUGUCAGGAAGUUACAACAGCAGUAUGCGGUCAGGAGAGUGGUUGGGAGAUAAAGAUCACUGGGUAGUGGAAAUCAAAGAAAUUGGUCUGCGUGUUGGAGUCGUAAAUCACGGAGACACUGCAGGCACAUAAGGUGACGGUGGCACUAGAGUUUGGAAGAAAAAGUGUCCCAUGUGCCAAAGGCCUAAAUAAACAUGGAGGUGUGUGGAUAACACCGAGGUGACUCAAGAGGAGGGUGGUAAGGCUGUAGAGCAUGGACCACAACGAUGGGGGGAGCAGGGAUGCUCUGGAAACAGCACUCGGAAGCCUGAAUGAUGCUGACCCCCCAUCCCCAUCUCUGUCUGCCUGUGACUGACCCCCAACACCUCUGGAAAACCUGUGGACCGUGGUAAUUGGGAGAAGGUGUAGCCCAUACUUGGGCGGACCUCAGGGAAGGGAAUGAUAUUCCUGUUUGAAAGAGAGUAUGUGGUUACAGCAGAUCUUGUUUAGAAUAUCACAGAGGUUACAGGGGACUCAGUGGGCGAGAGGGAAGUGGGAAGAUUAUUCAGUGAAAGAUCAGUGGUGACUUGUGAUGGGUGCUUAGGGAGGAAGAGGUGAUUAUUCGGGGCAACACUGGAAAUCAUGCAGGGUUCUGCUGCCUCAGCGUUCUGACAGGAACACUGGCGUCUUCAUGAAUCUGCCUCAUGUUCUCUGAGGAUUUGCCGUGUGCCUGAUUUCCUGCCAAGACAUCCUGCUUCUCUGCAGAGUCUGUCCACGCAGGUCCAGGCUAUGGGUGAUCUUUGAAACUCAUUGACUCACUGUUUGCUUACCCGUCAAGGUUUCAAAUAAACCUUCGGUUACUUUUCUUUUUCCUCCACUGGGCAACCUACAUUCUGUGUGAAAGUUGGCGGCAGAAACAUGCAAAUAGGCCUAACCCAGGAUGGAAAUGUCUGGCAUGCGCGUCAUCUUCCAGUUUUGAUAAAGCUUGGCUAAGUGCUCAGAGCUGUGCCAACCGAAUUCAUUAGGGUCGCGGAUAUUAAAAGCAGAGAAACAUGUAGUUGGAAAAGCCAUUAGAAAUCAAUUAGCCCAAACCAUAGUCCCAUCCAUCUCCCAUUAAAAUGAUGAGAAAAGCAAGGCCCAGAAGGGAGGUGGCAUGCCUAGGGUCAGAGGUGGUUGGUUUCAGAGGCAGGUGUGAGAACCAGUCUCCCAGCUACUAGCCUUGGACCUCUCCUGUUGCGCUGUGCCAGAGAGUUGUUUUUUGUUUGUUUGUUUUUUACUAUUAAUCAGAAACUAAAUAAAGCAAAGCAAAACAAAAACGUCUCCUCUUUGGGCCCAGCAAAGUGACUUUCUUGUUUUGGCCACUGCCUGCAGCCACACCGUCCCAGCUGCAGGGGCUCAGAAUUCACCUUUGGCUCUUCUUACAGGUUUGUGAUCACCCGGCCAGAAAACGAGUUUAUGCUGCUGCCCUCGGAUCUUGUGUUUUGCGCCAUCCCCUU